CAAUACAAUACAAUACAACCGGAAACAACCAUCCAAACAACGCGUUACUUCCAUGGAAAUUUGCAAGCAGAAACAGAUGAUUCUUGAAAAUUGAACAGCAACCCCGAAAAAAUGCUGAAAACCACAAAGUUUCAGUUGCAGCAGCCAAGAAAUGCCAUGGUUUCAUCUUUUACAUUCAGACUUCAUUAUGGGUCAUCUCCAAAUGGUCUCAAGGAAGCUUUGAAAUCCAAUUUUCCUAAGGAGGAGUUUGUGUCGAAAUUACUUAAGAGGAAAUGGGCAUUGAGAAGCCCAGAUACAAAAAUUAACCAAAUAACGAUAUCAAAAGAUGGUCUUCAGCUGGGAGGUGAAAAUCUUUGGAAUCUUUCCUUUCUGAAUAAUCCACAACCAUCUUUGGGUGAUCACGUGACGGGAAAAUACCGACAAGAACCUUCAUUUUAUGUUGUAAGAGAUGAUUUGCUGCAUCCUUUGGUGAAUGGUAAUAAGGCAAGGAAAUUGGAUGCACUGCUCCCUCUCUUGGAAGACAGUUCUGUGACAGAUGUUGUCACAUGCGGAGGUUGUCAAAGUGCGCAUGCUGCAGCUGUUGCUGUGUCAUGCGCUGAAAGGGGAUUAAAAUCACAUUUACUUCUCCGAGGAGAACAGCCAGCAACUCUGACGGGUUACAAUCUAAUUUCAACAUUAUAUGGAAAUGUUAGAUAUGUUCCAAGAUCUCUAUAUGCUAGGAGGGAGGAGAUGCUCUUAAAGCAUGCGGGUCUUGUUGCAGGAAAUGAUGGCUUAGUUUUCUCACUUGCUGAUUUAGAGGCUUCUUUAUCCUCUAAUGGAUGCAGUGAACACUCUUCACACGUCAAUGCUCUUACAAAAAGUAGUAAGAAGGUAGUUGUUGUUAAUGAAGGGGCUGGAGAUGCUGCUGCAUUGCUAGGUGUUUUACGCCUUGUUGAGUACUUGUCUCGGGACCAUCUAUUUGGGAAAGAACAACCACUGGAAAUUAUUAUAGAUGCUGGAACAGGGACAACUGCUAUUGGUUUAGGGAUUGGAGCAGUGUGCUUAGGGCUCCCUUGGGAGGUCACUGCAGUUAUGCUGGCUGACACGAUUGACGGAUAUCAGAAAAAGGAGGAAAGUUUAAUUUCUGAAUUCCGUAAAUGCUUUACUCUUCAUCUUGGUGAGCAAGCACUGAGUGGAUUGGAACCUGGACUUGUGCAGUGGGCCGAACGCAGCUCUCCAAGAAAAUUUGGCAAUAUACUGAAGGGGGAAGUUGAAAUAUGUCAAAAGAUUGCACAAGAGACAGGUAUCCUUGUCGAUCCGGUUUACACUUUGGCUGCUUGGGAAUUGGCAACUCAACUUGGUCAGGAGGGAAAUGCGAAAGUGGUGAUGCUUCACACCGGAGGUACACUUGGUAUGUUUGGUUUGGCUCAGCGCUACAAAUCUUACUUCGAAAUGUUGACGGAUGAAUCUUGUAGCUAAUGCUAGUGACUUUUAACUGAUCAGUAACCAUUACUGAUACACGCCCUCUGUCUUGACUCGCCUGUUUGUGGCGAAUUUCAUAGUCCAAUAUGUGCAUUACUGCAUAUUCCAUUCGCCUCGACUCAAGUAAAGAUACAACUCUUAAGCCUUAAAUGUGUAUGUUUAGCUAGCUGAGUGUUACAAAUCUUACUUUCAAGUGCUGAAAGGUUAAAAUUGUUGUUAAUGUUAGUUACUUCAACUGAUAACGAGUGUACUGGAUCUUGAAUUUCUUUUUGUAUGACAGUGGUGUCAGGGCUAGUAUGCAUACACUUCGACUA